AUGACGUUCACCAACCGCUCAUUUAAAAACUACCCACUCUACGUCGCGGGAACGCCACUUGAUUUCGUCCCCCGCUACAAAUAUCUCGGGGUCAUCGUAGACAAACGGCUGUCAUGGUUCCAGCACAUCAAGGCCCUCUCUACCAAGACGAAGAAAUUCGUGAACGUGCUACGGCGCAUCUCUGGAGCGUCGUGGGGUCCCUCGUGCAGUGACCUCCGACACGUCCAUAACGCACUUGUGCUGGGGCUGCUACGGUACCACCUCCUAGCGCUCCACGGGAUCAGUAGGACGGGUGAGCGAAACCUCCUCAAUGCCCAAGCGCGCGGCCUCCGGGUAUGCCUUGGACUGCCACGCACGGCUGAAACCUACACCGUACUUGCGGAGGCGCAAGAGACGCCCGUGCAUAUUCUACGGGACCGAGAGACGCUCCGCAUCUUUGCGCGAUUCGUCACGCAGCGCCCUUGCCACUACCUGCUGUCCAUUGAGGAUGCAGGCCCCGCAUCGGCCUUUGGCGGCGCCGUCCGCCGUCUUAAGGCUAUCCUCCCGGAUCGCUCCUCAGGUGUAUCCUACGCCCCUCCUUUAUGGGCCCUUGCCAAGCACCAGGUAUUGACCAGCGUCCCUGGCCUAGGCCGAAAGAGGGAGACGCCGUUAGCCGUUGCGCGUCAGCUCGUCCUCGAAUACCUAUCGACGCAUCAUCAACAGCGUCAAGCGAUCUAUACAGACGGAUCCGUCACACUUGAUGGGGCCACUGCAGCCAUCUACGUUCCUCAAGGUAACAUCGAGCAAGCUUUCAGGCUCUCCCACACCACCUCCUCCACCGAAGCCGAGCUCUUCGCAAUCCACGCGGCCCUCCGGCACAUCACGACAUCGCCCCCAUGA